CCACAGAAAGUUUUGGGGAGGGGUGGAUUUUCUCUUUUUUUUUUUUUUUUUCUUUUCUCCCCAGUGCGAGGAAAGGGGGUUUGGUUUGGUUUGGGUUUGUUUUGUUUGCGCCGCUCCGCUCUUCGCCCGCUCGCUCUCUUCGUCUCGCCGUGGGUUCGGGGGACUUUUUCCUUUUUUUUUUUUUUUUUUUUUUUUUUUUCUGGGGGAGGGAGAGGUUGGUUUUCCCUCCUUGCCCCUACGGCAAGUGCUCCGCCAGCCUCCUCUCGCCCCACCAUCCCUCCCCAUGCGCCCGGGGCGGCGGGCAGCUCCGCUGCGCGCACCCGGGAGCUGAGCGGCGGAGCGGCGCGUCCCCGUCCCCGGGCAGGAUGUACACGGCCGGGCUGGCUCCUUUCUACGCCUCCAACUUCAGCUUGUGGUCAGCGGCGUACUGCUCGGCAUCGGGGCCGGCAGCCGGCGGCUGCUUCCCUCUGGACGCCGCGGCGGCGAAGAAGCCGUCCUUCUGCAUCGCCGACAUCCUCCACGCCGGCGGCGAAGCGGCGGGAGGAUCCGCCGACAGCCUGCCCGGAGGUCCCGGCACCGGGAUGCCGGCGACUCUGGGAGCCGUCCAUCACGGCGGUGCCUUCCACGCCGCCGCCUCGCCGCUCCGGCCCACGCCCGUCGUGGCCCCCGACGCCCCCGCCGCCGCCGCCUUCCCGCCGCGCCUCUCGCCGCUCUCCGCCUCCGCCCCUCCCUACCCCCCACCACCAGCCCCCCCCCCCCGCAUCACGUCCCCCUCGCUCGGCUUCGGCUUCUUCAGCUCUUGUUGCUUCUUCGCUCCCGUUCCCCCCCUUCCCCCCCCCCCCCUUUCUUUCCGCCCACUCCACUGCUCGGCGCCGGCGCCCGCCAGCAAGGACCUGAAAUUCGGCAUCGACCGCAUUUUAUCGGCGGAGUUUGACCCCAAAGUCAAGGAAGGCAACACGCUGAGAGAUCUGACCUCCUUAUUAACUACCAGCCGCCAAACUGGGGUUCAUCUCCCCAACUUGCAGCCUUCCGCCGGCCAGUUCUUCGCGUCUCUAGACCCCAUUAACGAGGCCUCUGCUAUUCUGGGUCCCUUAAACACAAACCCAAGGAGCUCAGUUCAGCACCAGUUUCAAGACACUUUUCCAGGUCCGUACGCAGUUUUAACCAAGGACACGCUGCCCCAGACGUACAAGAGGAAACGCUCCUGGUCCAGGGCUGUUUUUUCCAACCUGCAGAGGAAAGGUUUAGAAAAACGGUUCGAAAUCCAGAAAUAUGUCACCAAACCGGACAGAAAGCAACUGGCGGCGAUGCUGGGGCUGACAGAUGCUCAAGUGAAGGUGUGGUUCCAGAACCGGCGGAUGAAAUGGCGGCACUCCAAGGAGGCGCAGGCCCAGAAGGACAAGGAGCCGCCGCCGGAGCCGGAGCCGGAGCCGGCGGCCCAGCGACCCGGCGCACCGCCCGCCGCCGCCACCGCCGCCGGGGAGCCCGAGCGCAGCCCCAGCCGCUCCGAGGGCGACAGCGACAGCAGCGACGCCGACUCCCUCGACAUGGCCCCCAGCGACACGGAACGGACUGAGGGAGCCGAGCGGAGCCUGCCCGCCGCCGGGCUCGGCAAGUCCUCCGGCAGCCCCGGCCUCCCCUCCCCGCCGCCGCCGCCGCCGCCGCCGCCGCCCGCCGCCGCCGCCAGCCCCGAGCCGCGGAGCGGCCUAUAGACGGGGCGGCCCCGCGGCACCCGCGCCCGGGACCUGCGCGCUAAUUUAUCUCCCUUCCUCCGCCCCGGGAGCGCGGCAACUGCCGGCACGGCACCGGCCCGCUCCCGCCCGCGGCCAGCGCCCGGCCCGGCCCGGGGCGAGGGGCCGAGGACGCGGGCGGAGCGGGGAGCCCCGGCCCCGGGACGGCCGUGCGUGAGGCGGCCGCCUCUCCCUCCACGCUGCUCGCAGGAGAGCGGGAUUUCUCUGAUUUUUUUUCUUUUUUUUUUUUUUUAAUUUUAUUUUAUUCUCCGUCUCCCGCCCCUUGUCCUCUCCAGGAAAAUCCGAGCGAGGGACUCCGAGAACGUGCUCCGAAAUCCCUCUCUUCCCCAAACCCUCCCCAGACAAUUUACAAUGUGAAGUAUUUUGCCAACGUCCUCAUCGGUUGCAACGUGUUGCUUCGAAUAAUCCGGCCAAGAAAUACUGCACUGACAAAAAUAUAUAAAUAUAUAUAUAUAUCUCCUGUAAAUAAAAUGUUUGCUAUGGUUUGUAA